AUGGACCGGGCACAGCUACCGCAGAGGCUCCAGCCACACCCAUUCCUCGCCGUCACCUACGGCUGCGGCGACGAGGCAGACGAAAGCCUGUGGACAGCCUUCAGGAGGGACUGCGCGGAGUGGAACGACCGUCUUUUUUACAGGGCGCACUGGCCGCUGCUGCGGGAGCUUUGCCAUGUCCUUUGCGACCGCGGCGUUUACGUCGGCGGGUUUGACAUGAACCCUGCCCUGUCGCUGGCGCGCAUCCUCGAGGAAGAGAGCCCUGCCGAAUGGCCGCAGGAUGAGAUGGGUAGGCAGCUGGAACGGAAGAGACACGUGGCGCUGCGUAGCCCUCCCCGGCUGCAGGUAUCAAAAGCGACCGCGGCUGCCUCGGAGCCCCGGCACUAUUUGUGUUCAAAGGCUGAAAUCGCCCCGGCCUUGCGCCUUACAGUCAGAGGCAGCUAUUGCUACGGAGAGCCGGCCGCUAUCAUCUUUCAAGACUGCGACUACCCCAGCCUUACAGUCAGAGGCAGCUAUUGCUACGGAGAGCCGGCCGCUAUCAUCUUUCAAGACUGCGACUACCCCAGCCUUGCAGUCAAAGGCAACUAUUGCUACAGAGAGCCGGCCGCUAUCAUCUUUCAAGACUGCGACUACCCCAGCCUUACAGUCAGAGGCAGCUAUUGCUACAGAGAAGAACCGGCCGCUACUAUCUUCAAAGGCCGCAGCUACCCCGGCUUCACAGACAGAGGCCGAUAUUGCUUCAGAGCGCCGGCCGCCAUCAUCCUCAGAGGCCUCAACUGCCCCGGAUCGCCGGCCGCAACUAUCGCCAAAGGCACCAGCAGUGGCAGCAACGGCGGCGGCGGCAGCGGCAGCGGCAGCGGCAGCAGUGGCAGCAACAUCAAUGGCAGCAACAGCAGCGGUAGCAAUAGCAGCAGCAGCGGCGGCGGCGGCGGCAGCAACAGCAGCGGCAGCAGCAGCAGCGGCAGCAACAGCAGUGGCGGCAGCAACAGCAGCGGCAGCAGCUGCAGCGGUAGCAACACUAGCCGCCGUCAUCAAUAG